UUGUCCAAAAGGUACAUGGAUUAGAUUUUCCUUGCAUGGAAUAUAUUUACAAAUUAAAAAACAAAUUAAUUAAUUUCUUAUUAAAUAAAACAUAAAAAGGUGGACUUUACUGUUAGCUGGUUCAAAAAAGACAUGCAUAUUCACGUGAAAUAUAUAAUGACAAUUGCUGCUUUAAGCGUAGCUCGGCGAUGUUUUGGUUCGAAAAUAAAAUUAUUUGGAUUAAACCGACGGAUAACUGGAGCGACCAAAGUAUUAACGGGAAUCUAUUUAUUAGAAUGCUCUGCCCUUUUUCAAAUUGAUAACACUAGUGAGUCAUUUAACUAUAAAGAGGAUGAACGAAUAUGCGAGCUCUGCAGUCCUUUUCCUGAAGAUUCAGUCACUACAACAUCAGAAGGGUGGAAGCUAUAUGCCUCGAUAGAUUCAUCGAGCGGAAGCAGUGGUGCCGAUACAACCACCGGAAGCAGUGAUACAACCACCGGAAGCAGUGAUACAACAACCGGAAGCAGUGAUACAACAACCGGAAGCAGUGGCGGUGGUACAUCAACUGGAAGCAGUGGCGGUGCUGACGGAUGCACCGGCGGAGAUUCUUGUACAUACGAGGAAUACUCCCUGCUCGUAUACAAAUGCGUCACGGGAUCAGGUUGUCAGAAGUUUUGCCAGUGUGCUCCUAGUGCUGUGAACACUGAUGGUUCCGUUGUGUACUCCUGGGUAGAACAGAGUUGUGCGGCCGGACUUGUAUUCGACACCAGCCUUAAAGUUUGCAAUUGGCCCUAG